UGAAUUUUUAUGCUCGGGGUAGUUACCAAGGGUCUGUAGGGCAAAAUUUGGAUGGGCCAAUGGCACAACAGACAGUUUCUCGUUGUCUGCAGGAGGUCACAAAUGCUCUUAACGCAUCAGAUAUUUUAAAAAAAUAUAUUAAGUUUCCACAAAAUAGAAAUGAAAGGAAUUUUAUUAAGCGGCGGUUUUAUGAGAAAUAUGAUAUUCCUGGAGUGAUUGGGUGCAUUGAUUGCACCCAUAUAGCUAUUGUCAGACCAUCGGAGCAUGAGGAACAAUAUUUUAAUCGAAAACAUUUUCAUUCGAUUAACACACAAGUUAUUUGUGAUAGCGACUGCUAUAUUACAAAUGUGGAUGCUUCAUAUGGUGGAGCAACACAUGAUGCCUACAUUUGGAGAGAGUGUGACAUAAGAACCCACAUGGAGAGUAUCCAAAAUGAAACCGUUUAUUUACUAGGUGAUUCAGGUUAUGCUCAAAGGGAGUAUAUGAUGACACCUAUAGAUAACGCUGUUGAACACUCUCCUGAGGGGAGAUACAACUCUGUCCAAAAAAAUGCACGCUCCACCAUUGAACGCACAUUUGGUAUAUUGAAAGGUCGAUGGAGAUGUCUUCUUGCGGCGCGAGAACUGCAUUACUGUCCUGAAACAGCUGGUAAAAUUAUAAUAGCCUGCUGUGUUUUACAUAAUUUAUGUAUAAAGGAUGGUAUUGAUGUUCCCGAGUUGACAGAAGUUGAACUCCAAACAGAAAUGACUAGGCAGCCGGCAGACAGGAUAGACAGGGCUCCACCAAUUGCUUCUUCAACUCAAGCACUACAGGCAGGUCAGAGGGCAAGGGCUGUAUUAGUGCAAAUGUUGGAGAGGAAUAGGUGA